CCUCCAUCCAAGAAAGAUGACUUUCUCCAGCCUGUGCUAUCCAGAAUGCGGGGUGGCCCGGCCUAGUCCAGUUACUGGCAGCUCCAAUGAGCCAUGCGUUAGGCAGUGCCCUGACUCCGAAGUGGUGAUCAGACCCUCACCGGUUGUUGUGACCAUCCCCGGACCAAUUCUCAGCAAUUUCCCUCAGCAGAGUGAAGUGGCCGCUGUAGGAGCACCUGCGGUCGGAGCUGGUUUCGGAGGCUCAUUCGGUUUGGGGGGAUUGUACGGCUAUGGAGGCCAUUACGGAGGAUUGUAUGGUCUAGGGAGAUUAGGUGGUUACGGGGGCCUUUACGGUUACAGGGGAUUAUUGGGCCAUGGGGGAUACUAUGGUUACCCAGGCCCUUAUGGUUAUGAAGGAUUGUUGGGCUAUGGGGGACACUGCAGUUACCCAGGCCUUUAUGGUUAUGGUGGAUUAUGUGGUUCUGGGGUGUCUUGCCAUAGGUACCUCAGUGGAAGCUAUGGGCCAUGUUAA